AUAUAUAUAUGGUAGUCCUGACAAAGGCCUACCAAACGCAGGAAGGCGAAGGCGAAGGCGAAGGCGAAAGCUGAAUUAGGGUUUGAGAGAGAGAGAUCUUUGGCGAUCAGAGAAGCUAUGGGUGGAGGCAACGCUCAGAAGUCCAAGAUGGCUCGUGAGAGAAAUCUGGAGAAGAACAAAGGCGCCAAGGGAAGUCAGCUUGAUUCCAACAAGAAAGCCAUGACCAUCCAGUGCAAGGUGUGCAUGCAGACGUUCAUUUGCACCACUUCAGAGGUGAAGUGCAGGGAGCACGCGGAAGCUAAACACCCGAAAGCUGAUGUGGGUGCAUGUUUUCCUCAUCUGAAGAAAUGAUAUGAAAUUGGGAAGGAACUUGCAGGAAUGGGUUUCAACUUCGUCUGUUAUCCGUCAAUGCGUUUCAAGUUUGAAACUUUGGUUGUUAUCUGUCAUUGUGGAAUAUGUUUAUAUAAUAUCACCGCUUUGCUAGUACUUUCUUCCAAAUUCGACUUGAAUGUUUGGUUGUUUGUAUGAUUACAUGGAAGGGCUACCAUAUUUGAUGCUUGAUAACCUUUUGGUGAAAAUAGAAUCUGAUUGCUUGCA